UCGUCGGGUAAGAUGUCCGACCGAUCUGUGUUUUACUUAGAAACUAAGGUCAUAUUGGACGCAGCCGUAAACACUGCGGUUUGUAUCGGAUGUUCAGGAGAAGGAGCCGCGCUGGAGCCGAACCGGAUGCGUCCCACAGAUUUGGACAGCGUUGUAGAAAUGUUGUCACGGGAAGCAACGAGGAAGAUCAGUGCUGUUUUCUCCCAGCUGUCAUCGAUGCUGCACAAUGAAAACCAGACCCUGAAGGACAAGGUGCGACAGCUGGAGAGCGAGCUGAAGGCUGUGGCUGAAGGCUUCGAAAAGGCCAGAAUGUGGAGAGAAAGCGUCCUGAGCGGAUGCCCCGUCCUGUUCGAGCAGAGCGGCUUGAUUUACACCCUGAAGCCGUUUGGGAAGUUAAACAGAAAGACAGCUUGUGUUACAGAAGCACAGCGUCCAGCGGGGGACAGGGCGGGACACGAGGCAGAUGGUGGAGAAGGAACUAAGGAUGAAAAUCCAGAGUUGUCAAAAGCCACAAAACCAGGUGCUGCACAAGACGUCAUCCCAGCAAACGCGCAGGAAGCAAAAGUCAAGGAGAAAGGAAAGUUUGUCUGUGACGUCUGCAACAAGUGUUUCAACCGUCAGUAUCACCUGAUGAAGCACAAGAACACGCACAGAGACCAGAGGCCCUUCGCCUGCGACCAAUGCCCGAGGAAAUUCAGGAACACGGCCACAUUCGAGUACCACCUACUGCGGCACGAGGAGAAGAAGUUCGCCACCUUCAAGUGCCAGCUGUGCGACAAGGCGUUCAGAACAAAAAUGCACCUGAAGACUCAUCAGCUGGUGCACACGGACAGGAGGCCGUUCACCUGCUCCACCUGCGGAAAGGGCUUCAAGACCAAACACAACCUCCAGGCCCAUCAGCUCGUACACACCGCCCAAAAGCCGCACAGGUGCUCUGAGUGCGGGGAGGGCUUCAGGUACGCCUUCACGCUGCAGUGCCACAGGAGCGUGCACACGGGGGAGCACCCCUACAAAUGCACCGUGUGUGGAAAGGCUUUCAUAAAAAGGAGAUCGCUGAGGACGCACCAGUCGGUCCACAGGGGAAAAAUGUUUACGUGCGAGACGUGUGGGGCGGGUUUCACGCUGCAGCACAACCUGAAGAGACACGUUCGCAUUCACACAGGGGAGAAACCCUUUAAGUGUCAAGUCUGCGGCAUAAGUUUCGCUCAGGACAACAAGCUCAAAGCCCACAUGCUUCUUCACGGUGCAUCCAAGUCCUUCAUGUGCGAUUUGUGUGGAAAGACGUUUUUGUACAACUGCCAGCUCCAGAAACACCAGAAAGUCACUCACGACGAAACACACGGACAGGUCGUCCGGAGGCGAAGUCUGGAGCGAGGUGGGCGCAGAGUCAUCUACCGACGGGACAGGACAACGGUCGACGUGACUCCAUUCAGCUGCAAGACCUGCAGAAAGGGCUUCGACGCAGAGAGUUCGUUGAAGAGACACGAGCUGAUCCACACAGGCCAGAUGCCCUACAGCUGCAGCGUGUGUGGGAAGUCUUUCUUCUACAAAGCUACGUAUGACUACCACCUGCGAGGCCACUCAGGGGAACGACCGUUCGCUUGUGACGUAUGUGGGAAGAGCUUUAUCAUCCUCCAGGCUCUCAAGUCCCACAAGCUGCAGCACUCUGGGGAAAAACCGCAUAAAUGCGAGCAGUGUGGAAAGGCCUUUAGGAUCUACACCAACUACCUUAGACACUUACGGAUCCACACGGGCGAGAAGCCCUAUGAGUGUGAGGUCUGCGGAUCGAGGUUUAGGCAGCUCGGCCACGUCAAGUUUCACAUGCAGGUCCACACAGGAGAGAGACCGUACCCCUGCAGCAGCUGCGGUCUUGGCUUCUCAGACUCGAGACUGCUCAAGAAACAUAACUGUAUUGAGAAACCAUUGGAAAACACAAUCACUACUGCCCAGACGUACCUGACCCCGGAAGAACAAAAUCUGUUUUUUAAAUAUUAUAAAAAAGCGAAGUUACAGCUUCGACAACAGCCUCUCAGCAUGUCAGACCUAGAGGCGCAGGUGGGCGCCAUUUUGGAGAUAAUGGUCAACGCGACUGUUGCACAGAUGCACAAAGUUGUCGGCGGCUCCGCUUCGACACAAUCGCCGCCGUGUGGGACUGAAAACACACACGGAUCCUCGGAGAAGGUGAUCCAGCUGAGCGUCUUCAUGACCUCUUUGGCUCGAGAGGCAGUAGAGAAGAUCUGUCAUCUCUUCCAAGAAUGUUCUUCUCUGCUUCAACUUGAAGUGUCGCAGGGUGUGAUGGAGAUGGAGGAGCUGAGGCGUAGACUAGAGGUAGUGGAGUCUGAGCUGAAGCUGGUGCUGGAAGGCAGCAGAGGCCAGCAGGAGGCAGAGGAGCUGAUGGAGGGAGGCAGCAGACGGAAGGAAGGAGCAGAUGGAGAGAGCGUCCAGAUCAACCAGCGCCUGGGCAGAAAGAAUCGCAGAGUUGUGUCGAGUGGUGAUGCAGGAGUGAAGAGAUCACCUAUUAUUCACCUGUGGAAAGGCAGAACCUAUGAGGACAGUGGGCAACCGGUUAUAAUAAAGGAGGAAGGACUGGAGGCACUGACUGAUUCUGGUCAGAACAGAGAGGAACUGGACCAGGACAGCGAUGAAGACCCAGACUACCAGUUGGAGCCUGAAGAUCCAGAAGAACCUUCCCCAGGAUACACAACCAAACCUAAGCGUCUUGUGAAGCCCAGGUCUUAUCGAGGUCGAGCGAAGGAGAGUCAGGGUCAGAACCAGCAGCCUCUGAGCUGCAAACACUGCAGGAAAACCUUCUCCAAGCUGCUGCAGCUCAAAGCCCACCAGGCCGUCCACGGGGCAAACACGGAGAAACCCUUUCACUGUCCUCAGUGUGGCCGAGGCUUCUCGUUCCAGCGCAGCCUCAACGCACACAUGCUGCUGCACACUGGUGAGAGGCCACACACCUGCGAUGUGUGUGGGAAGGGUUUCACCCUGAAGCAGCUCCUGAGGAACCACCAGCGCCUCCACGCUGAUGUGCGGCCGUUCUGCUGCGAUCAGUGCGGGAAGAGCUUCUACCGAGCCCACGGCCUGAAAAUGCACCAGAUGGUCCACACUGGGGAGCGGGCCUACAACUGCCAGUACUGCAGCAAGAGCUUCACCAUACAAGGCAACCUGCAGCGGCACCUGCGCAUCCACACGGGGGAAAAGCCGUUCCGCUGCGAGACGUGCGGGAAGAGCUUCAACCAGGCGGACACGCUGAAAGGCCACCAGCGGAUUCACACCGGCGAGCGUCCCUUCAGCUGCGAGACCUGCGGCAAGUGUUUCAUCCAGAAGAGCGCCUUGAAGAUGCACCAGAAAACCUCCCACUCCGGCGAGAACUCGCUGGCCUGCGUGGCGUGCGGCGCGGCGCUCGCCUGCGUGGACUCGCUGCGCAAACACCUGCAGACGCACGCCGCCACCAUUCCCUGCACGUGCGUGCUCUGCGACAGGCGCCUCAGCUCCAUCACCGACCUGCGCUCGCACCAGCAGCACCACACGGUGGAGAGGCCGCACGGCUGCGCCCUCUGCGGGAAGAGCUUCAAGUCGUCCAGCUACCUGAAGAUCCACCUGAAGACGCACAGUGGGGAGAGGCCGUUCGCCUGCGACACCUGCGGCCGCAUGUUCACGCAGCACAGCAGCCUCAAGUCGCAUCAGGUGGUCCACACAGGAGAGAAACCUUUCAGCUGCGACACAUGUGGGAAAUGUUUCAGCAACACGGGCAACCUGAACCGACACCAGCGCAUCCACACCGGAGAGAAGCCGUUCAGCUGCGACGUGUGUGGACGCAGCUUUAACCAGGGCAACAGCCUGAAAGCCCACCAGCAGAUCCACACCGGCGAGAAGCAGUUCAUGUGUGACAAGUGUGGGAAGAGCUUUUCCUACCUGAGGAACCUGAAGGACCACAAGUGUUUCUACGUCUGAAGCUGCCCUGGCGGCAGAGCUUGGGCUUCACCUCCUAGAAUCUGUUGAGCAGUAAACUAGUGAAAGACUGGACACAUAAGCAAACAA